CAAAGAUGGUUUUUUAGUUUAGGAGUUCUACUCAUCUGCUACCUAAACUAUUUUCCUAACGAAUGCCGUUAAUAUGUGCUUGUAAUAUUUGUUGGUGAAUCAGUUUGAUCGGAUUCCAAAAUCCAUGAAUGGCAUUUAAGAAAACACUAAAAGAAAAAUCAUUCUUGUUCGGAAUCGACUAUCUGUGGCUGUGUUUAUGCAUGUACGUGGGAGUGCAUGAGUGUGUCGGUUGUUGGUACAGUGCUGCGAACUGAAGAAACCGUAUUGUGUUUAUUGAUUUCACUCGUGAACAGUUAAAGGCAAUAGGAUUGGUUGUGGGUAAAAGUUUCCACUGAAAGAACGGUAUUUUGAAAACUAUUCUGACGUUCAGCUUUCGUAAGAACACAAACAAUAAAAACACACUGAAAAUGACACAAAUGGCUCAAGAAGAGAUCGUGUCAAACACCAAAACGGUAAUGCAGGGUCUGGAGGCACUCCGCGUAGAACACAUUACCCUAAUGAAUAAUUUGGCGGAGUGCAGCAAAAAUGACCCGGAUAAGAUGGAGAUAGUUAAAAAGAAUAUGGAAAACAUUGAACUGGGGUUGAGUGAAGCUCAGGUCAUUGUGAUGCUCUUUGCUCAUUUACAAAACAUUGAGGCAGAAAAGCAGAAACUGCGAACGCAAGUGAAACGGCUGUGUCAGGAAAAUGUUUGGUUGCGUGAUGAACUAGCGAUAACGCAACAGAAACUACAGGCUUCGGAACAAAGUGUGGCACAGCUGGAGGAAGAGAAAAAGCAUCUAGAGUUCAUGGCAUCGGUGAAGAAGUACGAUGAAAUACAAGAGAAUGAGGAUAACUUGGAAAAAUCGCGCACCGACCCUGUGGUGGAGCUGUUCCCUGAAGAUGAAACGGAAGAACGAAACAACAUGUCGCCGACUCCACCGAACCAAUUUGCGAGCCAUGCUAAUGCUGGUUACGAAAUUCCGGCUCGCUUGAGAACUCUGCACAAUCUAGUCAUUCAGUAUGCGUCUCAAGGUCGCUAUGAAGUGGCAGUACCACUGUGCAAGCAGGCGUUGGAGGAUUUAGAAAAAACCAGCGGGCAUGACCACCCGGACGUUGCUACAAUGCUGAACAUUCUUGCGUUAGUGUACCGAGAUCAGAAUAAAUACAAAGAAGCAGCCAACCUUCUAAAUGAUGCCCUGACGAUUCGCGAAAAAACUCUCGGGGAAAACCAUCCCGCAGUCGCAGCCACGCUCAACAACCUGGCCGUCUUAUAUGGUAAGCGUGGCAAGUAUAAGGAUGCUGAACCGCUCUGUAAGCGUGCCUUGGAAAUACGGGAAAAUGUGCUCGGCAAGUCUCAUCCGGAUGUCGCUAAGCAACUAAAUAAUUUGGCUCUUCUUUGUCAAAACCAGGCAAAAUACGAGGAGGUGGAAAUGUACUACAAGCGUGCAUUGGAAAUCUACGAAAUGAAGCUUGGCGGGGACGACCCUAAUGUUGCGAAAACGUUAAACAACUUGGCUAGUUGUUAUUUGAAACAAGGCAAGUACAAGGAGGCCGAAAUGCUGUACAAAGAGGUGCUAACGAGGGCUCACGAACGAGAGUUUGGUGCGAUCAACGGUGAGAAUAAACCGAUCUGGCAAGUGGCAGAGGAGCGCGAGGAGAAUAAGCUAAAGAACCGCGAAAACACUCCGUAUGGGGAGUACGGUGGAUGGCAUAAAGCGGCUAAGGUUGAUUCACCAACUGUCACAACAACACUGAAAAAUCUCGGAGCUCUCUACAGACGGCAGGGCAAGUAUGAGGCUGCCGAUACAUUGGAAGAUUGUGCUCUUCGGAGCAAAAAAGAGGCAUUGGAUUUGGUGAAACAAUCGAAAGUGCUUGCGGACGAUAACAAACGGCAGAAGAGCGGCAACAGCAAAGAAGAGAAUGAAGAUCACAACAAGCGUGUGCACAAAUAAUUGGAAGGUGGAGACCAGAUAUAUUUUAUUGCUUAACCAGCUAAAUGACUCACUACAGUUUUUGAUGUUAUUUGCGCGGGAAUGAUCAAUAGUAAUAGCAAAUGAUUCAGUGUUGAUCGCAGUUCUGACAAGAACGUUGAAUCUAGGUGCAGUAUACACUGGAAGCUUGUUGUAAGAUCCAUCCAAUUUCCAUCUCCGAAAGUGAAUAUUUGCAAGUACAGUACAACUUAAAAUCAUGAUAUAAAUGUGGACUUAUUCUUUAUUUUGUGACUUAAAAAUCAUUGGACCGUUGAAAAAAAAAACAUCUUCCCUUUUGAGGCGAUCUUAAUUGAUUUUGUGAAUCCAUUGCGAAGGCAUUUUGAUUUAUCCCCCUCAUAUGGGGGGGUUAUGCUUUGAUUAGAAUCCUGCAACUCGAACUCUGUUAACAUGUUCACUACUAUUCUUUGUUUACUUCGUUGGCUGUAUUCUUGCCAAAUAUUCGUUCUGUUUAUAUAUUACUAGCGUCUGCCUCGCAUUUCUUUCAAAUUGCAAGGCUAAUCGGAUCAAAAAUAAAAGUUUCCGUGCUUUACUUCAAAGAAACAUGAACUAAAUAUAACUUAUUCAGAAGCCUAACGCUUAACAAGUAAACGGUAGUAAUAUAAAGAAAAGGUGCUCCCAUGCUCUAGGUGUGGUUACGCAGGUUAUACGCCCUGCUGAGGUGUCUUGUAUCGUCCAAUGUCUAAUGCAUACGUUUCGAAUGAUUGUCGUAUUUGAAAAGAUCCAAUCACUUAAGGUCGAAGUGAACGCAAACGUAGGGAAAGGGACGGCAAAUUAUAUUUAUCAUAUAAACAUAGAGUUGAACUGAGAAUGGGAUGGGACACAAAAACAUCGUUUUUUGAUAAUAAAACAAAACGCAUACUGUUCAAUUAAUA